CCAUGAGCUUUAAAUUAAGAUAAUUGUACAACCUAAAAAAAAGCUUUUCUAUUAUAGUGUGUAACAACUCGCAAAUAUUGUGACAUAUUUUUUAGGAAAGUGUUGGAAGUAUAAAGAAAUGAAGGAGGUAUAUGUCUUAUCAAAACAAGAAAAAUUAAAUAAAGUUAAGGAAAUUAGAAGGAUGGCGGGAAAAGCUAAGAUAUGAGUAAAAGUACUACUCGUAUUGAUAACGCCACUAAUAUUAAGAAGACAAACUUUUAAUAAAAGCGGGUCUUCACUAACUUACUGAAAAUCACAACAAACAAGUGCAAAUUGGGCUGCUCAAUUUGGGCUCACACGUGUAAAUUUAAAGAACCAAAAAAUUUCUUAUUUUCUCUUUCUUCUUCUCUUUCCUGUUUCUCUUUCUCUGGUUUUUUUUUCUCUCUCCUCUCGUUCUCUUCUUCUCUUGCUUUUGGCGUUGCUACUUGAAUUUCUCUCUUUUCGAUCUUUAAUUUCUUCACUUUGAAGUUGAUUGUUGCUAAUUUCAGUUUUUGCAAUGGUGAAGAAGAAGGUUUCUGGUGAUGAUAAUGUUGCUCUAGGAUCUAUCAAAGGUUUUCGUUAUAGUAGAGCUCAAAAAGCGGUAAAUAAAAUGGAUGCAGGAAGAAAAAAGAUGUUGAAAGGUGAAGGAAGUACAUCCAAGGGAAAUAAAAGGAAGAGGCAAGAAAAAGAGGAUGACGAGCCUGAUAGGAAAAUUACAUGUCGUUGUAGACCUUCAUUAGUUAAGGUUAUAAGUGGGCUUUCUCCGACUCAAAAAAAAGAUGUAGAAGAGGUUGGAUUUGGUGGUUUGUUGUCUUUACGUGUGGAGAGUAUAGUUGGAGGUAUACUUCCUUGGCUUGUUGAGAGUUUUAAUGGAUAUACUUGUAUGUUUUGUGUAGCUGAUGGUAAGGAGUUUGUUGUGACUAAGCAUGAUGUGUGUGAUGUUUUUGGUUUGCCUAAGGUAGAAGGUCGUGAGGUUCCUGAAAUGAAGGGUAGUUACAAAGGUCAAUCUCAAGAUGAUAGUGCAUUGAAAAAUAAAUGGAGAGCUUCUUUUGAUGUUGGUGUUAAGGAGUUGAUACCUUUGGCUAGAUUAGAAACUAGGAUCAAGGAGUUGGUGGAUGGAGGUGAUGAAUUUAAGAGGUUAUUUGUUAUGCAUGCUCUUAGUAGUAUGCUUGUUCCUACCGCUAAUAGGACUGUUAAUUUUAGGUUAGUUAAUGCUGUGGAUGAUGUUGAUCAAAUUAAAAAUCUUGAUUGGUGUUCAUUUGUUUUGAGAAAGUUGAUGAAUUUUGUUGUUAGUUACAAAAAUUCUGAGGCUAAAGAUAGUAUUAGUGGAUGUUUGUUGUUGCUUAAGAUUAUGUAUUUUCAUCGUUUGAAUUUCCAAGGUGUAGUAGAGAACUCCACUAUUCCUCUUAUUCAACACUGGACAGAUAAAAAAGUGAGGAACAGGGUGUCCUUGGAGUUGAAGGCUGGUGGAUUUGGUCAGGGGGUUUUGAAUGAAUUGACUUAUCCAGUUUCUUCUAAGUGUGUUGAUUUGAAUGUUAACAACUUAAGUAAGGGUGAAGGUUGUGCGGUUCCUAUUGAUGAUGAUAGAAGAUGUGUGACUUUCGAUUUGCCUGAAGGAGUAUUAACUGAUUCUGAGAUCAAAAGUGCUGCAACUGAUGUAUGUUUUUUUUUCUUUAAUAAAACAUUUGUUCUUGGUCUCAUAUAAUUGUUUGUUAAUGUGUAGGAUUUGCAUGAAGAGUUUCUUUAUAUGAAAAGGAACAUGGAGCUGUUUUCAUCUGUGAAUUCCAAUUGUUUUAGUUCUUUGCAACGAUU